CCCCAAGCCAGUACCUUCAAAAUAGAUAUUUUUGUGAAUGCAGUUAUGAAUAAUCAAGGGUUAGUUACACAUCAUGGAAGGCGUUUAAAACGAGGAAAAUGGAGGUUAACAUCACCACGUUUCCAGAUCUUGAUAACUGAUGUCUCACUGAAGCCGUUGCUGGUGUUUUUCAGCGAGUCCUACAAUAAUCAUUUUGGUUGGAAGUUAAGAUACUCUGAAAUGUACGGGUUGAUACAAAUCUGCCUGAAAGAUUUAGUUCUCGAGAGAUUUGGCGAGAGUACAUGGGACACUAUACGGAAAAAAGCUGGAGUGGAAGACAAGUUUGUGAAUUUCCAACAAUACGAUGAUGACGUCACAUACAAGCUUGCAGAAGCAGCAGCAGAUCUUUUGGGUGUGCAUACAGACAGCGUCUAUGAGCUCUUCGGAGUCUUCUGGGUCACGUGGGUCAUGCGCAUCGGCUACGACAAACUCAUCCGCACUCUGGGCAAGAACCUGGCUGAGUUCAUUGGUAACCUUGAUUUCAUGCACACGGUAUACAUGAAGACCAUGUACCCUAUGAUGGACGAGCCGUCUUUCCGUGCGGAAACCAGGGAGGACGGUACCCUGACGUUGCACUACUUCUCCGUGCGCAAGGGACUGAAUGGUGUGGUAUCAGGUGUGAUUAAGGGUGUUGCGAGGAUCAUAUUCUGCGAGCGGAUUGAGAUGGAGGUGAUUGAUUACAAGGAGGAGUACCAUCGAGGGGUUAGAAAGGACCACUGGGUGUUUCAUGUCCGCUUUGUUGAGUUCAAUCUCACCCCGAUGGGAUUGGACGGCAAAAUCAGUCAAGAGGAGUGGUUGUCCAUACUAGUGACAGAAAAAGACUCUGAUGUCAAAGACAAGAUCCCCGAUGUUACCAACAUUAAAGAGAAGCAUGAAACCGAACAAUUCGUUGCCCACAUUCCGGAAAAGAUCCAUGUGGAUCCGUCCACCUUCUGUCACGCGUUUCCGUACCACUUGGUUUUCGACAAGAACCUCGUCAUCCAGCACUCUGGGGUCAAGAUCCAGCAGUUCUGUCCAAGGGUUACCGAAGAGGGUGCGUCGUUCGAGGACUUCUUCAGCGUGAGACAUCCGAACAUCACCCUCAACGUCGAGAGCCUGCGAACCUUCAGGACGUCAAUAUUCAUUGUUGACUUCCGAAAAGAGGAACUGAACGCAAAGAUGCAAGACAAGCCUACGAUAUCACUAAGAGGCCAGAUGCUGUGGAUGGAAGCUGGGCAGAAGAUGGCUUUCCUCUGCUCACCUCGCCUCACCAAGCUAGAGGACCUCACCGAGCGGGGUCUCCACUUCUCGGACAUCGCACCCCACGACAUCACGCGAGAUCUCAUCCUCUUCAAUCAGCAGAGGAUCGCAGAAGUCGAGUUGUCCAAGCAGUUGGAACAGAAGAAGGAGGAGCUGAGGGUGCUGAUGAAGGAUCUCGCUGAAGAGAAGAAGAAGACAGACACGCUGUUAUACUCCAUGCUGCCCAGGGAGGUGGCCAACGAGCUUCGAGAGGGACGACACGUUCAGGCAGGAGAGUUUCCGCAGGUGACCAUACUCUUCAGUGACGUAGUUCACUUCACAGACAUGUGCAGUCAGUGCCAGCCGAUCCAGAUAGUCCAUCUGCUCAAUGCCAUGUACACCAGAUUCGAUAGGUUGACCAGCGCCUGUGGCGUCUACAAGGUAGAGACCAUUGGUGAUGCGUACAUGGUGGUCGGUGGUCUCCCUGUAGAAACAGACGCACACGCUCAGCGAGUAGCUCGGUUCGGUCUCCAGCAGCUUAACUCAACCAAUGAAGUCUUGUCCCCAAUCACCGGAGAGGCAAUCCAGAUACGUGUAGGAAUACACACUGGUCCCGUGGUAGCUGGUGUAGUUGGUCUAAAGAUGCCUCGAUAUUGUCUCUUCGGGGACACCGUAAAUACUGCGUCACGAAUGGAGAGCACGGGCGUGCCUGGAAAGGUGCAUACAAGUGAAGAUGUAGUAAGGGCUGUCCAAUCACAAAACGACAAGUUCAUCUUUGAGUCACGUGGUGACAUCGAGGUCAAAGGUAAAGGCAAGAUGCGCACCUACUUCCUGACCGGUAUGCAUAAAGAUGAAGGUAGUGACGUCAUCAACUUGGACCAUUUCACGGAUGAAGACCCACCACCUUACACGCAGGAUCCAUCACCAACUCACGUCACCACUCCGCCCCCAACGACCAACAAAUCCACAGCAUCAAUGAAAGAUCCAAGGGGACCAACUCUUGCCUUUACCCCUUCUCCGACACCCAUGAAGUGCCCAGUUAUGGCUGCUGUAACAGCGGCAGCAUCCAGCGAAGGUGACCGAGAGACUCCCCAACAAACUCGGGAGAUUCCCAUUCAGACAAGGGGAAACCCCACGCCACAACCAGUCCAGGAGCGUCCUUCUAAGAUAUGUACAUUGCUGUGAAUUGACA